AUGAUUGUUUAAAUGUUUAGCAAAUAAAUUUAAAGAAUAAAUUAUUACAAUCAAUUAAAGUAAAACAACAAUUAUAAAAAGAAUUAAUUGCUAUACAUGAAAUUUUAGAUUAAACAACCAAAAGAAAUGAUGAAAUAUAUUCUGAAGUAUUUGCAUUAAAAUUAACUUUGGAGUAAUUUCAAUGCAAAUAAUUUAUAUUAUUUAGAAACUAUAACUAUGUGUAAAGAAGAGAAAAUUUAAGCAUUAUAAAGGGAAUUAAAAUUAAAAGGAAGUAUUGAUUAACAAAAUAAAAAUUUAAAGUUGUUAGAAGAAUAGAUUAGAAAAUUUAUAAAUGAUUCUAAUUAGAAAGACAGUUAAUUUCAAUUUGAAAUGCAAAAUAAAGAAACUAUUAUUUAAGAAUUGAGAAAUUAAUUACAACAACAAUAAUAAUAAAAUAAUGAGAUAAUUAAUGAAUUAAUAGAAUAAAAAAAUUAAAAUAUUUAAGAUUAUAAACCUGAAUUGACUAAAAUUACAAAAAAGAAAAUGAAAAAUUAAAAAAAAAAAUUUAAAGGUUUGACUUAUUAAAUGAAUAUCUAUAAAGAAAAAGAAUAAUCAUAAAUAAAAGAAAUAACUACUUUGAGAUAAACGAAAUCAAAUUUAGCAACUGAAAUAGAAAGAUUAUUAAAUAAAAUAAAUGAAUAAAAUUUAGAAUUGUUGAAUUAAUAAUAAGAAAGUUAAAAUGUUUUGUAAGAAAAGGAUAAAAAUAUUAAUGAGAUGAUGAAUUAAUUGUCUCUUUUAAUAAAUUAAGAUUAGAAGAUAAAUUUACAUAAGAGUAUAUCACACAAUAGAGAUGAGAAAUUGCUAAAAAUGAUUAGAUAGCUAUGUUCUAAAAUGAGAACAAUUAAUUAGUCAAAUUAAUAGAAUCUUUAAAGAAUUAAUAAAGUAGUUUUAUUUAUUCUAUUUUAGUUGACAAUCAAGGAACUGAAAACAUAAAGAUUAAAAAAUUAGAAUCAGAACUAAAGAAUUUACAAUCAUUUACAUAUGAUAGUCCUCUUGUAGUGUUGUUUAAUUUAUUAGAGGAUAGAUUAUCAAAAUAAUAGCAAAAAGGUUUUGAAAAUAAGAAUAAAAUAAAAGAGUUUUGGGAACUUAAUUAAAACAAUGGACAGAAGGAUUUGA